AUGGCUUCAAGUUCAUCAUCUUUCCCAAGUUCUUCUAUUUCUUCUACUAGCAAAUGGACGUAUGAUGUUUUCCUGAGUUUCAGUGGUGAGGACACUCGCAAUACUGCUACGGACUUUAUAUAUUAUGCAUUAGUAGAGAAGGGCAUUAACACUUUUAAGGACGAUCAAAAACUUGAGAAAGGAAAAACUAUUAAACCAGAACUCCUCAGAGCGAUCAAAGAAUCCAAAUUUGCCAUAGUCAUUCUCUUAGAAAAUUAUGCAUUUUCCACUUGGUGCUUAGAUGAACUUGUAGAGAUCAUUGACUGCGAGACAAAAAAGGAAAUAACAGUUUUCCCUAUUUUUUACAAUGUGGAUCCAUCUGAUGUGCGAAAACAAAUAGGAACUUUUUCGCUUGUUAAACUUUUUCGCCCAGUGUCUAUUAUUAACAAUCAUAGUGUUUCGUUGCAACUUGACACUUCACAUUUACCUAAUGGUUUAAGCUAUUUGGAAUGCAAUGAUUAUCCUUUAAAAUCAUUGCAUUCUUUGCCAGCUGGGCUUGGAGAACUUCGUUUGCUACGUAGCAAACUUAAACUACUUUGGGUAGGAAUGAAGAUUUUUGAAAAUUUAAAGUCCAUCAAUAUGGAUGGCUCCUUGGAGCUAAUUAUCAGCCCUGACUUCAAUGGAGUACCAAAUCUUGAGGAGUUAAUUCUUGCCCGAUGUUCAAAUUUACGCAGGCUUCAUCCAUCCAUUGGCAAACUGAAAAAGCUUAAACUUCUUGAUCUAAAAGGGUGCCUAGAACUAACUAGUCUUCCAGAGAAGUUUGAAAUGGAAUCUCUUGUGACUCUUAAUCUUACUCAUUGUUUAAAAGUCAAGAAAAUUCCUGACACCAUUUGUAGCUUGACAUCGCUUAACAAUCUUUAUCUUUCUGGAUGCUCAAAAUUUGACAAAUUGCCAGAGGACUUGGGGAAUAUCGUAAGUCUAAAGAAGCUUCAUUUGAGUGGAACAACUAUAAAAGAGCUGUCUUCAUCAAUUGAAUGCUUGAUUGGCCUUACUUCAUUGCAUCUAAGAGAUUGCAAAAAAAUUGACAAAUUGCCAAAGGACUUGGGGAAUGUUGUAAGUCUAGAGAUGCUUGAUUUGAGUGGAACAACUAUAACGGAGCUACCUUUGUCAAUCGAAUUUUUGAUUGGCCUUGGUAGAUUGCAUCUAGAUGGAUGCCCAAAAUUUGUCAACUUGCCAAAGAACUUAGGGAAUCUCAAACAUCUGAAUUGGCUUUGUUUGCAAGGAACAGCAAUAGCAGUUUUGCCAUCAUCUAUUGAAUGUAUGGCUGCCCUUAAGUAUUUAAAACUAGAAGAUUGCAAAAAUCUUGUGUUUCUUCCAAGCACCAUUUGUAAUUUGAAGAAGGUAGAGUGUCUUGAUCUUAUUGGAUGCUCACAAAUUGCCAACUUGCCGGAGAACCUGGGGAAUAUGGAAAGCCUAAAGUGGCUUUUUUUGGGUGAAACUGCUAUAAAAGAGUUACCUUCCUCCACCAUUCACCUUGAAAAGGUCUGGAGAGUAUCUUUCAAAGGAUGUCAUUUGUCAUCAUCUUCAUUGACUUCUAUGCCAAGAAGUUGCGAGAUAGAUCUCAGUGACUGCUAG